AGAGGCUUGUCAAUUGCCAGAGUUAGGAAACGUGGCCUUAGCAAAGGGGAGUCCAACAUUAAUAGAAACAAGCUGUUUUGAUAGGCGGCAAAUAGCGUACAAGACUCUGUUGGGUUGGUGGACAACUUGCAAACAUGGCCGAUGUUAAUCAAGGAUCGGUCUUACCUAGCGAAACUUCACCUCCAGCUCUGGACGGACUGAAUGCAACCGACUCCAAUGGUACCGACGCUGUCAACGCGACAGUGGCCAAGUUUGUGGCGACACCGGAGGGAACAGCACUGGCAUAUGGCAGCCUUGUGUUCAUGGCUCUGUUGCCUAUCUUCUUCGGUGCGCUGCGGUCCGUCAGCUGCGGCAAAAGCAAGAACUCCUCAGACAUGCCAGAGACCAUCACAGGCAGAGAUGCUGCACGGUUCCCCAUCAUUGCCAGCUGCACCCUUUUCGGCCUCUAUCUCUUCUUCAAAAUUUUCUCUCAAGAGUACAUCAACUUGCUGCUAUCAAUGUAUUUCUUUGUCCUGGGGAUUUUGGCACUGUCUCACACAAUGAGUCCUUUCAUGAACAGGAUCUUCCCUGCCAACAUCCCCAUCAAGCAGUACCAGCUGCUCUUCACUCAGGGCUCGGGAGAGACCAAAGAAGAGAUGGUCAACUAUGAGUUUGACACCAAGGACAUGAUCUGCCUGGUCAUCAGCACUGUGGUUGGGGUCUGGUACAUCCUCAAGAAGCACUGGAUUGCCAACAACCUCUUUGGCCUGGCAUUCGCACUGAAUGGGGUGGAGCUUCUGCACCUGAACAACAUCAGUACUGGCUGUAUCCUGCUGGGGGGGCUGUUUGUGUAUGAUGUCUUCUGGGUAUUUGGCACCAAUGUCAUGGUUACUGUGGCCAAGUCAUUCGAGGCACCCAUUAAGUUGGUGUUUCCCCAGGACCUGCUGGAGAAGGGUCUGGGUGCCAGUCAAUUUGCAAUGCUGGGGCUGGGAGAUAUUGUCAUUCCAGGUAUCUUCAUUGCUUUACUUCUCCGCUUUGAUGUCAGUCUAAAGAAGAACACCAGGACCUACUUCCACACCAGCUUCCUGGCCUACAUCUUUGGCCUGGGCCUGACCAUCUGGGUCAUGCACACCUUUAAACACGCCCAGCCUGCCUUGCUGUACCUGGUCCCAGCCUGUAUUGGAUUCCCAUUGGUUGUAGCUCUGUUGAAAGGAGAACUGACUGAGAUGUUCAGGUAUGAGGAAGUGUCUGCGGAAGAUAUUGCUGCUAAAGAAGGGACUACACCGGUUGAGAAAAAAGACAAAUGACGACCAAGUUCCUACAAGGUCGUCUGUCACUCUCUGGCACCAGGUUCACAGCAGCCCUCCUGUCUGUACACAUCCUAGGAGGGUGUUCAUGUUUCCCCGGAGUUGUGUGCUGUACAAGGAAGUGGAUGAUGAUUGGGAAAUGUUGUAGUUUAAGUGGUUUGUAAAACAGCUUUUUGGUGCCUAUGUUUUCGUUCUUGUUUUGUAUUUCUUUCCCUUUUGCAUUCUCAUAUUUCUUGUUUUUAUUUCAUUUGAUUCGCCAGUAUUUUAAACUCCAUAUGUUUUACUUUUUUCUUUUUGGGUGAAUCUGAGAUCACCGGAAGCUGAACAUUUUUUAGAAAUUGCUCUCGGGAUACUCAGAUAACAGUGGUCAAGUUUGGUGGUUUAGUUUGGUUUCUGUCCUGUCUUGGUUUGCUAAAGGAAUCCCUUCCUCAUCGAGAAUGAAACGUCAUUGGACGAUGUGAAGGAGGCUGGAGAUGAGUCUACGGUUGUCACACACAUGCUUUAGAAGGAGCUUCACCUGUACUACUGUUCUCUGGCCUGGAAGUAGGCCUAAAUACCUACCAUUCUAAAGGUAUAAUUGCACCAAUUUGGUAGUGCAUGUAAUUACAUGCCGCCUGACUUGUUGGCCAGUGUAAAGGUAAUAAUCGCUUCGAAUUCAGAUCAGUGUAUUUAAGGAAGUAACUAAACUUGUGUAAUCAUGAUAUCACAUUUUGAUAUUUGCUAUGACACAAUGAUAUUUCUGAGAGUCUUACUCUGUCAUGCUCAGUCAUAUCCAAUCAGAAGAGUGUUAUAUGGAAAUAAUAUAUUAGUUUAGGAGUUGGUUAUGUCCCGUGCAGUGACUGAGCUGUACCUGCAGAUGGAGACCAUGUCGACAGAACCAUAUCUCCUCAGAGAGAGGAGACCCAGGGGAUCAAAUGAUGGGAUUGUUUUGCUUUGAUUAUGUAGAAGUUCUGUCCUUUUGCAGAAUGGAGCCGUGUGUUUCAUGCCGGGGAGGGGGGUUGUGUUAGGGAUUUAAGAUUGAGGAGUUGUGUAGUAAUGUGUUUAGGUGAAGUUCAGUAACCCUGUUAUCAUUUCAAAUAAAUAUACAAUUUCUUUUCUCCUAUUCUACUUGUGUAAUUCAAAGUUUAUUAUGAGCCUUUGUUUAUUUUCAAUAAAUGUUGGUGUAUAUCACCGUAGAGAAGCAUAA